AUGCGUUUCACACGCGUGCCACUGCUUGCCAACACUUUGAAACACCACACAAAGUUGGCAAGAUGGUCGAGCGAAAUCGCGAAGCCACGCGAGUUCAAAAAGGUCCGAAUCUAAGAAUUAAAGAGAAUUCGAGCAAUUUUCCACAGGUGAUGGUGGCAAACCGCGGUGAAAUCGCCAUCCGCGUGUUUCGGGCUCUCACUGAACUCAACAAAACCUCGGUCGCCAUAUAUUCGGAGCAGGUUUUUGCGUGAGGUGGUUUCGGAUUCAUCUUGAGUUGUCCAGGACAAGAACUCGAUGCACAGACUGAAAGCCGACGAAGCCUAUCUGGUCGGAAAAGGUCUUCCGCCGGUGGCCGCCUACCUCACCAUUGAUCAGAUUAUCGACACCGCUUUGAAGGUUUUCAUUCAAUUCUUAAAUAUGACCACGAGAAAAAGUUUGCAGAACAAAGUCCAAAAUUUGCAGUAUUAAUGAAUUAUCAGUCAGGAAACGUAGCUUGGAAGAUGAGAUCUUAGAAAAAUACUUCCAAGUAGCGUGCAAAAAAAAAUAAGUUUUAAAAGUUUGUGUGUCAGUUAAAGUAGCAGUUGUGCACGUAAUUACGGAUAACAACAGGAUCAGUUUCGGGAUAAAAUGAGAUUAUGAGUUAAUAUGGCUGAAAAAUACGAGCUAUAUUUCAUUGACUGAUUUUCUAACGACUCAAGUUUUUCAAUCUCCACUUCCAGAAAAAUAUCUGUAACUUCGAUUAGCAUUUCAGCCUUCAGAGUUGAGCUAUUUUGCAGCAAAAUAUCGAUGCGAUCCACCCCGGCUACGGGUUCUUGUCGGAACGAUCCGACUUCGCGAAAGCCUGUCAGAGCGCCGGAAUCGUGUUCAUCGGCCCGAGUCCCGACGUUAUGGCGCGGAUGGGUGAUAAGGUUUGCUCGCUCUUUGAGUUUGUUUUCGUAUGAUAAUGAUCGAAACUGUUCGCUUUGGUUGGUUAUGAACAUUCUCUGUAAGAUGUUCAGAUCGUGAGAGUUUCGAGGAGUUGAAAAAUAAGGAAAACGUGAACCGCGAAAAACAUGUGAACAAUUGACGAUGAACCUUGUAUUGUUCAAACAUUUUUGAUUAAAAUGAGAAAAAAAAACCGUUGAAUGAGGAAAAAAACUGUAAGAAAUAAGCAAAACCUACAAAAAUAAGCACAGUGAACAGCAGUGAUUUAUAAAAUUUCUAAAAGGCACGUUUAAGAAAAUAAAAAAAUUUCGUUUUUUUGAAGUCAGUCCAUAUUUUGACGAUCAGAAAAUUUUUCGAAUUUCCAAAAAACAAAAAAAUGAUUUAAUUUCGUUCUUGAUAACUAUUGAAAAUCGUCAGAAUAGAUCACUCCCUUCAAAGAAGUCACAGGAAAGAAAUAUUCUUUCAAUGAUUCAAAGCCUAAUUUUGAAUAAGUGAUUGAUUGAUUUUCAGGUGGCAGCUCGACAAGCAGCGAUCGAGGCGGGAGUUCAAGUCGUGCCAGGCACUCCAGGACCCAUCACGACGGCCGCCGAAGCCGUCGAGUUCGCCAAGCAGUACGGCACGCCGAUCAUUCUGAAGGCGGCCUACGGGGGUGGCGGACGUGGCAUGCGUCGCGUCAACAAAAUAGAAGACGUCGAGGAGUCGUUCAGAAGAGCCUUUUCUGAGGCACAGUCGGCGUUCGGCGACGGCAGUCUCUUCGUUGAGAAAUUCGUCGAGAGGCCAAGACACAUCGAAGUUCAGCUUUUGGGUUCGUUCUGAGGGUUCUAACAAAUUUUUUUUUGAACGAACUUUGAAGAAUGUGAGAAAAUUCAGGAGACAACUACGGGAACAUUGUCCACCUGUUUGAACGUGACUGCUCGGUGCAGCGACGUCAUCAGAAAGUCGUCGAGAUCGCCCCAGCUCCGGCCCUUCCUUCAGGAGUCCGCGAGAAGAUCCUUGCAGACGCUCUUCGCCUCGCUCGGCACGUCGGAUACCAGAACGCCGGUUCGGAUGCCACUCGUAUUUGUACUUGAUUUAUGAAAAUAUCAGCAAGUCUCAAAAAAGGAACUGAUUCACGUCUAGAAAAAGAAGGGCCAUGAUUUUUUGUGUUCAAAUCUCUUCCUAGUUUUUUGAAAAUCUCUACCAUACGGAGAGCCCGCUGAAUCGACGUAAACGUUUGACUGACUAUAGGGAGCAAACAUGAGCGAAACCUGUUCUUCUAAAAAGUUUCCUGUUGACAUUCAUUUCAUAAAAGUUUUCACAUAACCGGCUUUACUCUUGAAGUUGAUAAUUUUUUAGGAACCGUCGAGUUUCUUGUCGACCAGAAGGGCAAUUACUAUUUCAUUGAGGUCAAUGCUCGUCUCCAAGUUGAACACACUGUUACUGAAGAAAUCACGGGGUUAGGAACUAUUUCCAGAAAAAAUGUCAAUUCAACUUCAGCGUGGACCUUGUGCAAGCGCAGAUCAGAAUCGCUGAAGGCAAAUCUUUGGACGCUCUGAAACUCCAACAGGAAGGGAUUCAUACAAACGGAUCGGCGAUCCAGUGUCGCGUGACGACUGAAGAUCCCGCCAAGGGAUUUCAACCUGAUUCUGGACGUAUCGAGGUUAGUUUUCAUGGCGAAAAUAAAUUUUGAGCUUGAAAAUUUCAAACAAAAGGGCUGUCAUUUUACUUUAAAAAAAUGAGGCUCGUUCAGAUUAUUAACUUCAAAAAAGUGCGCGGAUUUAAGGAGAGAUUGAAUUUUUUUUUUCAAAGUUUGACUUUUACUGAAAAUACUCAUAUACUGUUCAAGGUGUUCCGCUCCGGCGAAGGUAUGGGAAUCCGGUUGGACUCGGCUUCUGCCUUUGCCGGUUCAAUAAUCUCGCCUCACUACGACUCCCUGAUGGUCAAAGUGAUCGCAUCGGCCAGAAACCAUCCAAAUGCAGCCGCCAAAAUGAUCCGCGCCCUGAAAGAGUUCAGAAUCCGUGGAGUCAAGGCAAUCUGGCUUUUCCAUAUAGUUUUCAAUCAGAUUCGCUCAGACCAACAUUCCAUUUUUGCUCAAUGUCCUGCGACAGCCUUCGUUCCUCGACGCCUCUGUCGACACCUACUUCAUCGACGAACAUCCAGAGCUUUUCCAGUUCAAACCGAGUCAGAACAGAGCGCAAAAGCUUCUCAGCUACCUUGGAGAAGUUCAGGUGAUAGUCAAUGAUUCCCAUUUUGAACUUACAUAGAAGAAAAUAGUUUGAAUAGUAUGAAGACUAUGAAACUCGGCAAUGAGAAGCGCUAGCUCGAAAGGGUACCUUGCAGGUGAAUGGUCCAGCGACUCCUCUCGCAACAGACUUGAAGCCGGCCCAUGUGACGCCUCCAGUACCGAAAAUCAGAGCGGGUAGGUUAUAUCCGAUCCAAGACAGCUUCAUCAAACUUCUUUCUUAUAACAACCUGACAAGGGAACUCUUAUUCGCGAAUCGAGUUCAAACUUUUGUUUGUGGUUUAUAGACCGGAUCAGGAUAUUUCAUAACAAGAGAGAUUAUCUGCUGAACCCGAUAAGGUACCGAGAGAAUGCUUAAUGGAAUAGGGAAGAUUAGGCUGGAACGUUUUUAGAAUAUAAACCGCUUCUCUCUAACUUUUGGCUGGAUAAACGUUUUUGGUGUUUCUUGUAGCCGAAUCAUUUAAGGCAAUUUUAUUAAAAGAUAAGCAGUAUCUUGAAUAUUUUCAACUCUAGUUUGUCCAUUUUCAACAAUAUUUUUCUCGGUACCUAAUCGAUUUUAGGAGAUAAUUUUUCUUUUGUUCAAAUAUCCUAAUCUGGUUUUCUGAGCGACCAAAGUUUAAACUAAGUCCGCGUAAAAACCUUUUACGAAUCGAAUUACGAUUCGAGGAUUUCGAAUAAUUUGUAUUCGGUUUGAGGUUCAAAACCACCGAUGGGACUUCGUCAGGUUCUGGUUAAAGAAGGUCCUGAAGCCUUCGCUAAGGCAGUCCGAAAAGCUCCAGGAUGCAUGAUCACCGACACUACUUUCCGGUAUCUCUUCGAUCUUUUCUCCUUCGAAAUCUCUGUACCUCAGAGAUGCCCACCAGUCUUUGUUGGCCACAAGGGUCCGCACAUACGACCUGGCCAAAAUUUCGCCUUUCAUCUCCCAUUCUUUCCCUCAGCUUUUCUCUCUGGAAAAUUGGGGAGGUAAGAUUUUGAUAGUGAUCUUGAAAUUGUUCAAGUAAACAAAUUUUAGUGGAUCGAUAAGCCUAAGUAAUACUUCAGAACUGCUUUUUAAUUGUUCCUGUCCGAAAUAUACAUCAAAAAAGGUGGGAAAUUGAAGGAGCGACCUUCGACGUGUCGAUGAGAUUCUUGCACGAAUGCCCCUGGGAACGGCUCCGAACUCUCCGCGAACUCAUUCCCAACAUUCCUUUCCAAUGUCUUUUGCGAGGAGCCAACGCCGUCGGCUACAGUAACUACCCCGAUAACGUCAUCGACAAGUUGCAAUACAUUUUUUUCGAGUCAAAAAGUCCUUGAAGGUUCUGCGAGCUGUCGGUGAAGAACGGAAUGGACAUUUUCCGAGUUUUCGACUCGUUGAACUACUUGCCGAAUCUUUUCGUUGGCAUGGAGGCGGCCGGUAAAGCUGGAGGAGUGGUAAGGAAUUUUCAGAGCGAAGGGAAAACUCUGGAAAAAAAAACCUCAAAAAUGUUUUUGAGCUAGUAUUCAACUCAUUGGUGUGGUUUCUUUCGUUGCUAUUUUUGUGGAUCAGAGACCAAUUUUGAAUUGUUUUUCCAACAGUUAUCUGUAAGUUCAAAUGAAAGGUUUUCUUAUUACCUGCGCAAGCUUUCGUUUUUGGAGAUAAACUUUCAAUUUUCUCGUUCGACCCAACCAAUUGAGCAAUGUGUGUCGAGAAUAAAUAUAAAACGUGCAUUCAGAAUUUUACUUUUUCAUCUUUCAAAAGAAAAAUUUAGAGCAUUUCUCAGCAACUUUAUCUAGGCGCGGUAUUUCAUCAAAAAAAAAAACGUUUUAAAAAAAACGACCAUAAUGCAGGAUAUGAAGAGAGAAGCAAAAUGAAUUUGAGUUAGAGUGAGUUCCAUUUUAGUCACUUCUUUCGAUUCAAGAAGUUAACUUUGAAUUUUACGAAUAAUUUCUCGUUUGUUUGACAUAUCUUAUAGAAUGAUUUAAAAUAUGGAAAUUAAACUGUGUUUCAGGUCGAAGCGGCGAUUUCUUACACCGGCGACGUUUCUGAUCGUUCGCGCACCCAGUACAACCUCCAGUACUACCUCGACCUCGCCGAGCAGCUCGUCAAAGCUCAGACUCACAUUUUGGCCAUCAAAGUAUCGAGAAAAAUAUAUUCAAUUGAAUUUCUUUGUUUUCAGGACAUGGCCGGAGUUUUGAAACCCGAAGCAGCCAAGAUUCUGAUCGGAUCUCUGCGCGAGAAGUUCCCAGACAUUCCGAUCCACAUCCACACGCACGACACGGCCGGUGCCGGCGUGGCCACCAUGUUGGAGUGCGCCAAGGCCGGGGCCGACGUCGUCGACGCCGCCGUCGACAGCAUGAGCGGCAUGACCAGCCAGCCGAGCAUGGGCGCCAUCGUCGCUUGUCUCCAAGGAACCCCUCACGACACAGGUUUUCCUCGUUUCCCCUAGAUCCUUCCAACUGCAUGGCUUGAGGACUGAGCCUCGAUGAGAUCUCUAAGUACUCGGCCUACUGGGAGUCCUGUCGACAGCUCUACGCGCCUUUCGAGUGUGCCACGACGAUGAAGAGCGGCAACGCCGACGUCUACAAACAUGAGAUUCCUGGCGGACAGUACACCAAUCUGCAGUUCCAAGUAUCUUUCGUUGUGAUUUGGGGCGUGGUUUCAGCCGUAGCAUCUAUUUCUAAACUUAUCUACUUAAAUCGAUAAAUCAAAUAAUCCGUUCACUUUGCUCUGAAAGGAAGGUCUAUAUAGAUUAUGAAAUAGAGUUGAAAUCAGGUGAAACAAACGAAAAUAUAUUGAAUUUCAACUCUUUUUCUUUAACUUUGAAUAUUGAGAAAAUAUGAAUUCAAAGUUACUUUCAUUUUAAAAAAAUUCUGUGUGAUUUUUUUAGCUUUUUUUUCUUUUGUUGAGACGAUCGUUGGGCUUCAAAACCAUACUGUAGGAUUAAUUUCGAGCUGUGGCCUAAAAAAAUGGGCGCUGGAGUAUUCUUUUUCUCUUUUAUUCAUUCAACUAUUGGUUACAACGAAACGGGAUUCCUUUAAAAAAGGCUCAAAUAUUUGAAAUAUUUUCUGGAAAAGUCUUCUGAAAUUCAGGCGUUCUCCCUUGGACUUGGCCCAAAGUUCGACGAGGUCAAGAAGAUGUACCGAGAGGCGAACCUCGCUCUUGGAGAUAUCAUCAAGGUAGAGCAGUGUUUCUCUUUUUUCAAAACAUCAUUUCGAUUUUGAAGGUCACGCCGUCGUCCAAGAUCGUCGGAGACUUGGCUCAGUUCAUGGUCCAGAACAACCUGACUCGCGAAACUCUCAUUGACCGUGCCGAAGAUCUCUCUUUCCCGAAAAGUGUGGUUGACUUCAUGCAGGUCUGCGGUAUACUCCUCCAGAGACUGAAAUGAGGGAUCUCAGGGCAACAUCGGACAGCCCCCUUAUGGAUUCCCGGAGCCUCUGAGAACGAAGGUCCUGCGAGGAAAGCCGAAGGUCGACCACAGACCCGGAGAGAAGGUCCCUCCGAAGGACAUGGACGCCGCCAAGAACGACUUGGAAGACCGAUUCGGCCGACCUCUGCGGUAUCUGAACGAGAGAGAUUUCAUCUUCGCGUUACAACAAGAAAAAGAUAAUAACUGAGUCGACGAAAAUCUGGAAAUUUGAGCACAAAAUAUGCAAAUUUAAAACAAAGAAAAGUUGAAACUUUAUGAAAUUCCCCCAGAAUAACCUUGCAAACGCCUGCUAGUCGGAAAAAAAAAUUAACGAAUUGAGAUAAUAAUCUCUUUUUUGAGGAUAAGCUUUUUUUUGUUUUCGAAACGAAAAGAGCCCCAUUCAUCUUAAUAAAUAAGAGUUAUCUCCAAAAAUGCUUAAAUAUGACCUACGCCGCAAGAAAAACGGAAAGGUCGUCGUAGAUCUGAUCUGUCAGGCAUAUGAAAACCGUUCUCGAGAAAGGAACAAAAAGAAAUGUUUUUUCGAAUAAAAAAAGCGGCUAUCAUAGUUCUUGCGCCUUUUUUUGAUAGAAAAUAGCAAACUGUAUUCCAAAGCCAAUUAGUCUGACUGACUGGCUGAAAUCCAGAAAUCAAAAGAAAAAAUGAUUUUAUUCUCUUUCACUGAAGAUCUUGUUCCAGUUUUCGUCUUUAAAAAAAUACAGUAGUUUUAUGGAAUCUGAAGAAGAAAGAGUAAAUGAACGAAUUGAAUGAAAUAUCACACUGUCAACCCAUUUUGAUUGUACUUUUCGAAUUAUCAUCGCCAACUUAGUGUUGACAAAUGUAGAUUGCAGCGACGAAGACGUGAUGUCGCACGCGAUGUUCCCGACAGUCUUCGAAGACUUCGAACGAUUCCGCCAGCAGUACGGACCCGUGGACAAGCUUCCCACGCGGAUCUUCCUCACUGGACUCGACAUUGCCGAAGAAGUCGACGUGAGAUGUGCCUCUCAACUACAUUGGAGACUUUCUCACGUCUUCAGGUCGAAAUCGAGAGUGGCAAGACGCUGGCUAUCCAGCUCCUGGCCACAGGAAAGCUCAACAGUCGAGGAGAACGCGAGGUUUUCUUCGACCUCAACGGUCAGAUGAGAAGCAUCUACGUCCAGGACAAGGAGGCCAGCAAGGUUUGCGGCUUGAAAAAAGAAGGAAAAGAAAUUGACUUAUAGGAGAUCGUCACGAGACCCAAGGCUCUUCCUGGAGUUCGCGGCUCGAUUGGCGCGCCAAUGCCCGGUGAUGUCCUCGAGCUCAAAGUUAAGGAAGGCGACAAGGCGAGUUUAACCGAAGAAUUAUCCUAAAAAAUUAAGGAAGUUGCGCAGAAAUCUUCUACGAUUUCUCACCUUGAAGUUUUCCUAGAAAACUGUUUAGAAUUCAUUAACUUUUUUUUUACAGAAACGAAACAGAAUUGAGGUUUUUUUUUAAAUUUUAAAUUAGCAUUGACAUUCGGAAAUACGGAUAACUCGAGAUUUUUGGAAUCACGAAUUUCAUUUUUGGUUUGUGACGGUUCAGUGAAGAACUGGUCUAUGGGGACUUUCCUGAAAUUAACAAAUUGAAAUUCAAGCUGCGGAAAUCGAGAGGAUACAAAAUUGGGGAGUAAAGCUUGUCUCUACAGAAUUAUCCGAUAUUUAAAAACUUUUAUCCUUUUCUGUGCGAAAAAAGGAUUAAUUCUGACACUUUUUGGGAGGAAGCCGUAUAUUAGGUCAUACAACCACAACCUUUUUUUGUUGAAUGAAAUUUCGAUGUCUCUUUUUUUCCAUACGUGAAUUGGUGUCCGAUUCACGCGGCAGUCUUUUCAGAUCUUUGCAGUUUUUCUUCUCAAUUUCUAAUAAAAAUGCAUCAUUGCAGGUAACACCAAAGCAGCCGUUGUUCGUGUUGUCGGCGAUGAAAAUGGAGAUGGUGAUCGAUUCUCCGAUCGCAGGAACCGUCAAGAAAAUCCACGCCGCACAGGGAACCAAAUGCUCCGCGGGCGACCUCGUCGUCGAAGUCGAACCUUGAAUUCCCCAAAUGCUCCCCAAUUCCUGUAGCAAGUCUCUUACUAAUUGAUUUUGUAAAUACUUCAUCCCCAGAGAUUUUUUUUCUUAUUGCGUUCCCUACUUUUUUUCUACUUCGGGUUUUUGACUAUUAUAAAAAAAUUGCCCUAAACUUUUUUUGAAAUUUACAAGCACAGACCUCGACCCGUCUGUACUAUCCAUAAUAGUUCACACUCGCACUGAAAUCGAAGAAUUUUGCUAUUCAUCGACGUCGAGAAGUCUGUUCUCAAAAAAUUUCUACGACAGAGCGUUUAGGAAAAAUUCACGAGAAGAAAAUUAUUUUAGUCAUAAUAAACAGUCAAUUUCGCUUUCUUGCGCGUCGCUUUUUAUGCAAAUUUUAGCGCUUAGGACUCGGCUUUUUGAAUAUGUCAGCCGAAGUUUAAAUAAGGCCUUUGAGAAGCAAUGAACUGGGAUGGGGUUCUUAGAAAUUCCCAUUCUGAGGCAACCUGAAAAAAAGAAGUUCUCUCAAGCGAAAUCAGGUUUUCAUGUUCGUUUUUCGGUUUGAAUUUUAUAUGAUUUUUUUUUUUGGAAAAUUUUUUUAAAACGUGUAAUCUAGCCUUUCUUUCGCUUCAGUUCGCUCAUUUUCGAUGGUGUAUUUGGUUUUUGCUGAAAUCUGAACUGCGUUUAGGAUGAAUUCCGGAGCCGAGUCGAGCAAGCUGUUUGCCGGCAUCCGUUUCCGCAGACGAGCCGCUUCUGCUUAGCCUUUCAAGCACUCCGCCCUCGCUGGCCAGCCCGGCGUCCUCAGUUCUCAGAAAUGCUCUCCCAGAUGGAUGUUCCUCAACUUCUUUCUGUAAAUGUAAGUUCUUUUAUUAACUUAUUUCAUUUAAUUCCAGGUUCCAGGAUUGAGGAGUGGCUAAAAAAGCUAGAAAAAACGUUUUUCUCAUAGGGUAUUCGAAAUUUGAUAGAACUUGUCGCGAACACCUUAAAAAUAGUUGUUUUUGCGGUUGUUCAAUGGAUUUGUUUCCUAAUGAGACCUGUUUUAUAAGAUUUAUCGAAAAAGGAUUUUUUAAGUUCACUAAAAGUUUUGAUCCAUCGAGACUAUAAAUCAAAACUUUUUAUUUGUAACUCCGUUCUUUAAAUUCUAUUUGGUUCUGUUCGAAAAAUCCUUACGUAUCGUGAUUAUUUCACACUCCAAAAUGACACCGAAAACUCCUCUUCGCCUCGAGACCUUUUUGUGCAUGGUCAACCCUCCUUGAAACACAAAAGGCAGGAUAUUUCACCGUACUAUUAUAAAAAAAAAUCAAACUUUUUAAUUCAAACCUCUUUCCCGUUAUUAUGUUCAUGUUAGGAUUUCCAGAAACGUGUUCAUAAAUAAUUUCGAUUCCAUUUUUAUAUCUUGAAAAUUAUCAACGAUUUUUUAAGCUUCGACGUACUUUUGCGCCGGACAAAUCUGUAACGAUAAAAUAACAUAAUUCAACGAUUUUGGGAAUGUGACACGCAUUUGAAGGCACAUCCCAGAUAUUUUCUGAACAGCUUAAAUGUCUUUCGGCCACAUUAGAAAAAAAAAGCUUUUCUUUUCAUCCCGACGCAUUUUUCAUGCCAUGAAAACUUUUUUUCGAGGUCUUUUGCCCAACCGAAAAGCUCAAAAACUCCUCACGUGAAAAUUUGUCACGGCGGCUACAUUUUUCAUUCAUACAAAAAGCUUUUCUUCUGAAAAAUGAGGUAUGACAAGUACUUUACCACAAAAUAUGUACCUCUCUUGGGCACGUCGGCUGAUUUCUUGGACGAAUUGAAAGCAGCUGACUUCAUAUUCAUUCAAAUGUUCCUAUUUUCGAGAAAAAUGAUCAAAAAAGAGAUUAACCAAAAAGACAAAAGGAAACGGAAAAACAUAUGAAAGGGGAAAAGAUCUUUUAUUUUACUUUACCAGAGGAUGUAUGAGCAUGCCGAGAAAAGUUGUUCAUUGAUUGAAAAUUUUAAUUUUUGCCAAAAGAUCGCAAAAAUUCAAAACACGCGGGAAUUAUUGUCACAUCACUAUUUUUUUCCAUUUCUGAGUUUUCUUUUUUUUUGAUUUCCAAGAUUAUUCACUGACCAGGAGCUAUUUCUUCUCAGAGAUCUAUAUUCUUCUUUUCUGAAUUUUCCGCCCGAAUGCACUGUCAAUGAUCGAGAAAUAAGCUCACAAGAGCCUUUGAUUCGAACUCUGGUUUUUUUGCUUCCUCAAUGAGACGACUUGGGGGCAGUUGGACUUGUCUGAAUGGAAAAUGCAAAUGUGCUGCGGCCUGAAUGCGGCAAUUAGUCCGCUGGGCUUGGAAACUGACCCCGGAACUUUUGGAACGUCGUCACGAUUUUUCUGAAACUUGUUCGCUUCCCCUACAUCUUGAAAUUCCGAAAAGGGUUUGAGGAACUUCGAAUCGAGUUUUCAGCAGAUUUGAAAAUUCUUGCUCAGCGAAAAGAGGUUUUUGACAAAUAAUAAUGAUAAUUUAUUCAAAGACACGUGGGACAUUAACUAUUUUGAUCUGUGUAGAUAUACAUUUUCUUUUUUUGAAAUGAAAAAAUGUUUAUCAGGCAGGGAUAUUGAAACAGUUUGAAAGUAAUCAUUGUAGAGCAAUCUUUUAAACUUGUUAUUAAGGUGGGGCUUUUGUAGGUUUAUAAGGCGCUAACGAACUUUUUUUUUUCUUAUACUUCACAAAUUCUUGUUUAGGCGUUCGGAAAAGUAGAGUCAAUCCUUAUAAAAUUAUCAAGCCCCCUUUUCGAACUUCUUCCUCAGUCUUACGCCCUAGAAACAGAUUUUUUCGCCGUUCCCAACGUACUUCCGCGUUAAUAGCUUUUUUUUUUCUUUCUUUUAACGACGUGAAUUUAUUACUUUCCUUUUCUGGAAUUCUUUUUGGAAUCUUGAAGGUUUCUCAUUCUUUUGAAAGGCGGUUCAGAAGUCCUGACCUGCCUUUCACAUAGUUCUAGAAUUAAUAAAUCAGAGUUCUUUUUGAGAAAAGUCAGCCUCGACGAAGAGACUCAUAAAAGAGAAGCUUAGCGGGUGAACGCUAAUCCGGAUUUGAGUUCAGUUAGUUCACGAAGAUCUUCGAGAUAGCGUUGCACAUUUUUUGAAAAAAAAAGGCAGAUGAGAUUCAGUUUCGAGUCGGCCGGUCACUGUGAUAAGAAAUAGCUUUUCAAUAAAGUUUUUAUCCUCUUUUUUUUAGUUUUGAGAUCAUAAGAAAUAUUUGAGAAAGGUUUUUAAGAUGAAUAAAAAGUUUUCCCGUUAUUUUUCAAUAAGUUCAUACUUUUAAAACGGAACAGCAAAGAAAAAACUUUGGAUUUUACAACCAAAUCGUUCUUGUAUGCAGGGAACAGUUCUAUUCCAGAAAAUUAAAACAGUGACAUUAAAAAAGGAUUUUAGUCAAGCCUUGUGAAAUGUCAGAAGAUUUAGAACUUUGAAAACUUGAAGAGACGAAAUUUCGAACUUAGGGAAACGUGUUAGUGACAUUGUUUCUUAGAACACCAGAAAUGGACAAAAAAUUUUUUUUAACAAGUAAAUCGCUCACUGAGAUUUUUGAACGUUAAAAGUUUUAGCUUUUCGAAAGCUUACUGGUUUUUUUUUUGUAAUUUGUACUUUUAAGGGCUACGAUCCGAACUCCCUUCGACUUUUUCCGCUUGUCUAGCCUUCACGGAAAACUAUCUUCGUGAUAUUUGAAAGCAACAAGAUGUAUAAGAGAUAACGCUCUUUUUUCGAAAACAAAGGCCAAUUUUCUGGGAAUGAGGGAGAAAAAGCUCACCUGAGGAGACAGGUUAUUCCUGUGGCAACGCAAUAUUUUAAUUGAAAUCCAAUUGGAGCCGCUCGUUGUCCAUCUCAGGACGUUAUGGCUGCGUGGCGUUUUGUUUCGGGACAACAAACAAGCCAUUUGCUCGGCCGGCUUCUCGACUUAUUCAUUCCUUCCGUUCUUUUUUCGCCUCAGGAAUGCGGCUCCAUUUUCGGGCAGUCAUUCCAUUUUCAGCCAUGCCUUUCUACGAGUUCUAUCCCGAAUCCUUUCCUCAAAAUGGAAUUCUUCUUUUUCAGAAAGCCGUUUUAAGUACAUAUUUUCGUGUAUAAGGCGUGUGUGCCGAAAUUUGAUUGAGUCCUUUUGAGUGGGGGCGGUAAACCUUCUUUGAGUAUAAAUAAAUGCGAUGGAAACAACAACUUUUUGUCUAUUUUUAGAGGUUCUUUUUGGAAAGUAUUCUCUCUUUUUUUAUGAUUUCCUAGGCAUAAUUUGCUUCAAAAGCCAUUCUAAAUUACCAAGUGUUUCAGGUUUUAACAAUUGAACAAAGAAAAAAACAGUUCAAAAACGAUAAUAUUUCCAUAGGGAUUUUCUUUGGCAGAUUUCCAGUCUCUGUUUAUGUCUUUCCUCUUUUUAUAUCUUUUAAAAAACUGUGCAACAAUGUUUCAUCACAAAACUGUUGCGAAGUCUGAUUUUCGAACUUAUUCUUUUAUACGGUCUGAUACAUUUCAAUUCAUCUUUUCUUAGUCCAACAAUGAGUCAACUAAAUUUUAAGCGGAAAUCGGAGAAAACCUGACGGAAAGACGUUCUUUUUUCAAUACCGAGCAGGAAAUAGAUGUUCUUUUUCUUUUUGUGGGCUCAAUUAAGUCAAAGCGUUUUGAUAAAGUUAUAUUUCAAAACAUGUACUUUUUUUUAAUUUUCAGUUGGAACCAGACUUUUACUCAUUUUUAGUUUCUAACCACAGGUUGCCGUGUUAUGAAACCAUUUCAAAAGUCGUUUGAAAAAAAAAAAAACAAUAACUUUUGCACCAUGGAAACCUACCGUAAGGAAAACAAGACAGAAAUUGGAAAAAGUUCAUGCUCAGUUUCUACGACGCCAUUCGAAUUCUCCUUUCUUACUAUUACCGAGUAACGCUUCUAUAAAGUUGGUCCAAACGUUUCCUUCUCUUGCUUUCAACUUUUCAGAAAAGGUUCAAGUUUUCCUCAACUGUUUCAGCCGCUUUGUCAUUUCUUUUUAACUCGGGAGAAAACACGUAAAAUUUAAUGCUGAAAAAAAGCAUUUAGAGUCAGUUUUGACCAGAAACGCUUCCACGGCUUAUUAAUAAAAAAAAUGUCAAAAAGACGAGCAAACCUGAUUUUCUAUUAAAGUCGGAGAAGUUCAAAAGCUUUCAUUUUGAGAAUAAAAAAGUUUGAUUAGAACAAAUAUUUAUAUCUUACUAGUAAGUUACAGAGAAAUGAAUUAUUCUAUUCUCCUGAAUUUUUAUCAAAUUUGAAACUUUUUAUUUGUGCACAUCAAAAAUAGAACUUAUACCCACACAGGUCAAAAAAAUAUAAGAGAUACAAAGUAGUUUUUUAAGCAAAUACAUGUGGCUUCACGUUUCGCAAGCGAGGUUUAAAAGUCGCGGAGCACGUGCACUUGUAAGGGUUCUGGGCGAGUUGCCAGCCCUUCGGAGACGUUUAUUAUUUGUCGGACGGCUCACGUGCUUCAUCCCGACCGAUUCCAUUGCCAUUUUCCACUAAAGGUCUUGAAAUCGACGAUUAAAAGCCUCAUUAAAUGGCUGCAAACUUUGAACUUCCCUUCGUUUCUCUACUCAGGAGAGAUUAAAAAUAGAAAAGAGAGUUCUUUUAGGUCAAUGAACAAAAUGAACCGUUAAAUAGUAAAUUUCUCGAAUAUCGUAAUAGUUUUUAUCGAAAUUUCGUUUUUUGCUGCGAAAAUAAAUAAACUUGUAGUAUAUCUGAAAAGAUAGCAUCAACUGCAUUAAGCACAGUCCGUUUUUUCGAAUCACCUUUCGGAUUUUUCAUGGAACUCAUGUUUCGAGAGAGUUGUUUAGUGUCAGAAGUAUGUUUCUGUUUUACUAACCGUUCAUUUUUCCUUGAACAGUACGUAGUUUGAUUUUCAAAAGUGAGUGCGAAGAACUACGGAUCUGAUCGAAAUUUGAGAAAAAAAAAAGAAAAAAAGCUGGGAUAGUUUCGAGAUUUCCUUAUCGUCUCACGAGGGAUUAUUCGACGUUUUCAUCAACUCAAAAGCAUAUUCGCUUCAUUCCGAGGCACAGAUGAGCCCCUAAUCGGCUGCCUCCCCCAUCCAAACGCUUUGCCACUUUUCUUUUUCUUUUUCUUGCCCAUGUCAAAGUCCUACUCAUUUCUCGCAACUUUUUUCAAAUUAGCUUUUCUUGCAACACGUUUUUUCGCACUACUGGGCUUAAUUUUUGAACGCGAAACUUUUUUCUUCGUAGGAUUAAGAGAACUUUUUUGAGGAGAUCAGAAGUUUUUCGCUACAGAAGCCAGAAAAGGACAAGUCAAUCAUUUUGUUUGUUAUGGAAGAGGGCGGUCUAUUUAUGAGAAAAAUAGUCGUUCAGUUUUUGAAGAGAAUAUCUUGAGAAAAAGAGCUGUUCUGAUCAGAAAAUUUGGUCAAAGGAACCAUUAUGAAUGAAGGAGAACUACCUAUUCCAUUUGUUAUGGAUGGCUUCGGUGUGUACUUGAAUUGACGUUUUUUGCGUAGAUUAUUGAGAAGAAAAAAGACUCGUUUGAAAUAACAAAAAUUUCCGUUUCAGGAACCAUUAAGAAUGAAGGGAAAUUUCCCGCUUUAUUUAUAUAUCUAUAGAAGAGAAAUGGCCCCAAUUUCUCUGAGAAAUAAUCGUUGGUUUUUGGAAAUUCUUUGGUCCUGUUAGGCGCAGGCUUGCGACCGUGAGGUCGCGAGACUGCGCCAUUUGGGGUUAGGUUGAGACUUGGGCUCAACCUCAUUAUCCAAAAGAUUUAGUUGAUUUCAGCCAAAAUAAAGAAAGAGUCAAAACACUCGAAGUUACUUUUGCUGAAAAGAAAGCCACUGAAAACGGUCGUUUUUGGCGUGGACGAAGGCGUGGGCGGCUCCUCGAAAAUGGAAAUUCAAUACGUUUGCGGCGACAUUUCCCCUAUCAUUAUUGCUAUUAUUAAGAAAUGCGAUAUGUGCAAAUUUUUGACAACUCCAUAUACUCCUCCUCUUCAAAAUUUGCAAUUCCAAGAUCUUUCCGUUAAAAUUUUUUUUGCAAUUUCCAUUAAUAGUAACAGCUUUCCUUGGUAUUUUGAAUAACAUGUAAAAUUUGAAAAUGCAGCAUUUCUCUCGAGCAUAGAAAUUAUUUCCUAUUUUCCCUCAUUUUUUUCUUAUCAUUUUUUUAUUUUGGUAUAUUUUUGAACCGAAAAAUAGACUUUUUUCGAGACAGCUAUAUCAUUUUCUCUCUUUCGAAAUGCUGCUGGGGAUUUUUGAUAUUUUGAAGAACAGCUGAAACUCGAAAAGCUAGCAUUUCUCUCGAGCCUAGAAAUUACUUCCUAUUCUUCUUAUUUUUACUCCACUUUUUCACUAUUUUUUUUUCCUAUGAAAUUCCUAUUUUCAGCACAAAAGCAGCAUGCAGGCAAAUGGCUCGCCCGUCAUCAACGGCGACAGUCGUCGCAGUAGUAUGGUUAGUUGAAAGUUUGGUCAAAACUUGGCUUAUCGUCGUUUUUCGAAUGGAAUAAUUGGGAGUGAAAAGAAAUUAGGAAAAAAAAGUUAAAGUUAUUCGAGAAAUCUGGACGCAAAUUGUUUUGCAUUGUUUUGGGCAUGUUUGAGCAAAGAAAUAUGCUGCGAAAAAUCCUGGAAAAGGAGGUUUUUGCCCCGCACAACUUUUUUUGGAUACUUCGAGAUUUCCUCUUUUUUCUAGUGUUUAAAAAAAGUCGUUACUCGUAUAUAUACAGUUUCUACAGUUUUUCCAAGUCAAAGUGAAAGUUGAAGAUAAAAAAGUCAGCUUGAAAUUUGAAAAAAAAAAUGAGAAUUUCCUCAGAUGUCACGUUUAAUAGAUAAUUACAUCUUUUUUCUAUUUUCUUCCUUUUACAAAACAAUUAUCGCUAAUAGGCGUGUGAGUGAGUUUUCUUCAGAAAUCUACAGCGAAAUCCUAAAUUAUUCACGUACACACUAUAAUUUGUCGCUUUUUCGGGAGAGUCUUCUUAUUCGGACACGUUUCGAGAAUUUUCCUCUUUUUUUGUUCUCAAAUUCUAAUCAAAACCUACAGAAAUAUUCUGUCGAAAAGGAAAACUAUUCACUAUGCGUUAACCUAGAUCACUUCUGAAGUAGAAGAAGAAAAAGUGAUCGACUUUCAUACUGUUAUCCUCGGAAUGAAUCUUUAUUUGUUUUCAUUUUUAAUAUGUAAAGUAGAACUAUCUUCUAAAAAGUCCUUCACUUUGCAGGUCGACGCAUGCGGACGAUUUUGCAGCCAGCCAAUCAGCGGCUCCCCCGAGGUUCUCUCUUUUUUUCGUUGUUUUUCUCAUUAUUUGAUCUCUUAAACUGCCCUUACCUCCCUUCACGUGCAAAGUAACACGAAUUUUUUUCGGUCAAAAAAUUUUGUUUUCACGAGAACUACUGUACUUUUCGAUCGUCUCGUGUUUGACAUGGCAUCAUUUGACUUCGUGAACACUUAUUUUGAGAUGAAAAGUUGAAAGGUUUGAGAGACCCAAAACCUUUCUGGAAAAUUUUCUAAAUUUUGGAAUUAAUUAAAACAUCAUUCAAAAAAAUUAUUCAAUGUAUUUACAACACAGAGUUUCAAAAAAUUUUAACAAUAUCGCUUUUUUGACUCGUUAUAGCCGUUUACGGCAGGGAAAAACAGAAGUUAAGAAAAACAUUUACUCCUGACACCUCUGUAACGCAAACCGGACGCGGUCCGGACGUUUCUGAGCAUUCACAAUGAUCCUUUUAGUGACGUAAGCACUCUUAAAUGAUCACUUGAAAGGCUCAGAAAAGUCGGUGGCGCGUCCGGUUUGCAGAGGUCCGAAUCAUUGCGACUGUGCACUGGCGCAUGCUUUCUCUAAACUAAUGCACUUUUUAAAAUUGGUUAAAAUAAUAGCUUUUUUGAAAAUGCUUUUUGCAGCUUCGCUAUAAUUUUUUUUAAAUGUAUACUGGUCCACAAAAUUCUCUUCAGCUCCUCGUCGGCCUCUGCUUCGACGAGAAACACGAAUCGGUGAACGUCUCCGUGGACAAGGCGUCGUCAUUGUCGCAAGGCGGAAGUCCUCUCGACACCUAUCUGAAGGUGGUGACGGUCGACGAAAACGAGGCCGACGUGGGCCAUCAGAAAUCCGAAACGACGAAGGGAACCUCUGAGCCCGUCUUCAACUACCGCUGCAACAUCAAGGUGCUCGAAAUGAACGACCUGAGCGAAACUGAGGCUGUUGUAGUUGUCCCACGACGCCGUCGAGAACAGGACAGUCCGGAUCGAGGUGUGGAGCGUGUCGGGAAUCCUGCGGCGGAAGCACUUGAUCGGAAUCGUCGCCGUCGGCCUCAACUCUUCUUCCGCCGACGCACAGGAACACUGGCAACAAAUGAUCCAGGUACUGUACCUUCAAAAAAUUUUUCUGGGAUAUUUUGAAGCCACAAGAACUUUCAGUAGAUUAUCGCUUUUCAAAAAGCUUUUUACUUACUUUAAAGUAAAUCAUUCUCAAAAAUAAUAAGGACAAUGUUGAGACGAAAAAACACUUACUUAGAUAAUUAGUAAAUAAGUACUUAGAUGAUCCAUCUUCGCUUUCGACCUUUUAUCGAUCGAAGCGUGGACCACACGUUUUGAAAAAAACACAUGAAGUUUAAUUCACUAAAUUCUCUGAAAUGGGGCGCAUAAAGGCCGCUAUAACUUUUUCUCUGACCUACGCUAUUCCGUCGUUUUCUCGCAGCUAGGUGGGUUUUUCUUUUGGGCAUCGCCCGUCAAAGUUUUCUUUAUCAUUGGAGAAUAAAAAGAGCUGAGAAUUUCUUUUGAGGCUUUUCAUAUUUUUUCUAGGCGUUUUGAGAUUAUUUGCAUUCUAACUUUAAAGGUAAAGCACUUUUUUGUAUGUUGGUUCUAAUAUAAAAAAGUUUUUUGACUCUGUUGAAGUCAUUUUUCUUAGUUGGAGUUCAUAAGAGAAGCUUUCCUGUAUAAUCUACGAUAUGAGGUUUUUUUCGAAAAAAAUUAUUCAAAAAAAUUGAUUCAUAUUUUUAAUCGAAACAAAAAGUUUUUAAACGUUACAACAAUUAUUCAGCCCUUGCUCAUAUUUUCAAAUGUUUAACUGUUUGCCAAUAUUUGUUGACCUCAUUUGUGUCGGCCAAAAACAUUUUCAUAGAUCUCAAAUGUUCUUUUGCUAUUUUGCACAGCAAAGAAUUUGAAAAGUCACAAACAUCGGAAAUUGUGUUUUCAGAGCGCUGGAAUCACCGUCUCCAAGUGGCAUCCAGUCCAACCGGCAAACUCGUAG